AGCUUUCUGGCAAAAGGUUGACUGUGAUCUCCUAUCAGAAGGUUAUUUUCGGCGCUGAAGGCAACCAACACCUUCAAGUAUGAUACUCUAGCUCAACCAGUGAGCGCACUCCAUGUCACGACAACCAUCUUCCGGUCUUGGGUCCCUGCCAGACGAAAUUUACGAGCAAAUAGGUCUCUACCUCACGCUAUAUGAUAUCUUCAACCUGACACUAUGUACACGUCGACUUCGCGCGGCUCUAAAGGCACCAGCGUUUGGCCGAGAGUUUCUGGCAAGGGAUGCGGAGAAUUUGCGGGUCGAAGUUGUGCAGCCGUUGCCUAUUACAGGGUUGGAUUGCUUGCAAUUUGGUAUAUUAGAUGAGCCUAGCGGCGACUUGGUCAAUGGAGAAGGAAGCAAGCGUUACCCUAAUCGAAGCAAACCAACAACUUCACCCCUCCGCCAGAUCACACAUUUCGUCCAUCAUCGCACACCGACUACAUCCGACCUUCAUACUGUUACAGUUCGAUCAUCGGGAGCGGUCACAGUGGGACAUCGACCGAUCGUUCCCGGGCCUGUGACAUGUUCUCUCUCCCCAAACCUCACUUCUGCCACUGAUGGUUCCAGUGAUAUUGUAGUUAACGUCACCUCCAGUCACCGCGCAACAUGCCAGCUCUGCAAUGCCGUUCCGAUACGAAAGAUCUGUUAUUGGAUUGACAAGCGUUACAGAGUAUUUUUCCAAACUUGGGCCGACGCCUUUGAGUUCACAGAGUCUCAUCAGCCAAUAGUGCGAAUGACUUUAGUGCAUCAGGAAGAGAGGGAGGGCAUCUGGGAUGGUGCAAGCAUGUCGCCGAAUUCGCGCAAUGAUUGGUAUUCUCAAUUUGUGCCGCAAAUAGCGGUCUAUCGCUACGGGCUUCUUCAGAGUCAGGAUAGGGGCCUGCGCUUGGAGCACUUCUUUGGACUGACUGACGAUGUUGACCAAUGUGAUGAUCGCGAACCUCAAGGGCAAGCCCUUGAGCAAGUGCAGGCAGACAUAAAGUUAUGGAAUCCUUGGGCGUAGCUGUUGCGAUUGAACCAAUUACGUAUGCUAAAUGCUUGUAUAAUAUUAUUGUUGAAAUGAGAUGCACAUGCAUGAUGUCACA